AGAUGUCGAUGAAAUGGUCAUUUAAAAAGAAAAAGACGUCAGAGGAAAGGCUUUCAAUUUACAAAAAAAAUCUAAACGAAGCUGUGAGAGCUCUGGAUAAGGAAAUUUCAAGAAAAGAACACCAAGAGAAGAGAGUUAUUGCUGAUAUUUUCAGAACUGCAAAGAAAGGACACAUGGAUGCUGUAAAGAUUGUUGUGAAAGAUUUAGUUCUAACAAGACGUUAUGUAAGGAAAACUAUUGUGAUGAAGGCUAAACUCAAGUCUGUGUCCCUUCAUAUAGAAUCAUUACUAUCAAAUGAUGCUAUGGUCAUUGCAAUGAGGGGGCUAGGUAUAACCAUGCAAAGUAUGGACACACAGUUAAUGCUUACACAUCUGAAAAAGAUAAUAAUAGUGUUUGAGCAACAAUUUAAGAUGAAAGAAAAAGAAGAAGAAAGUAUUAAUGAAGAUGACGAAGAUGAAAUGAAUGUAAGUGAUGCCAUAGUUUCUCAAGUUUUAGUUGAAUUAGGUGUACCAUCAACAGGGGGAACAUUAGUCGCUGGAGAAACAAAGCACCACAAGCAAAGGCUACCGGCGGGCGACCUAACGAUGCAAAACCUAAUCUAGAAGCAUGAUAAAAAAAACUCACGAAGACAGUAAAACUUGGAUAAUAAAUAGGCUGUGGUGUAUGCAGUAUAUUAUGUUUAUUUGGUUUUGUGGUAGUUAGUCAUUAGUAAUAGACAUUAUUAUAGUUUCCUUUCUUUUUCUUUUUAGACUCCUGUAAUCAUGAAUGAUGGUUUGGAUUUAAGUUGAUAUAUUAAUCAUGUAUCUACUUGAGAACUCUUUUUAAUAAUUAUUAACUACACUACAGUGUACAUGAACAAGACAUUUGUGUAGAACGAGACAGCUGUUCGUUUGAAAAAGGGAACACUUUUUCAUUCAUUAUUCUUUCACAUGCCCAUUGUGUAUUCUUAGCAUG